AUGAUCAGUACUAUAGGUGUAUCGAAGAAUAUGAUGCUUGUGUCGAAGGUAUUAAAACGUCAACCUGCACGAUUAAGAAUUGGGGAAGUAGGGCCCGCACUCGUUAUUGGCAGGUGUCAAUCAAGCCUGGCCAAGGCCGCCACCCCAAUAGAUAAUGAUUCCAUAUAUGUACUUUCUAUCCCUAUCACGAACUAUAAAUCAUAUAUAUUCUGCAAUCAUCAGCCUUCAGUGUUAGAUUCAACUCAAGUUAAGUCAAUUCUGUGGGUGAACAAACUCGAAGAUAAACUUACAUCAGUGGCAAGCAAAGGGUGGAAAAAGUUGAAUGAAUCGGAGGUCAGCAUUAACGUAAAGAUUGUCAGAUUAAUCAAUAAGUUAUUGGAUACGAUUCCAUAUGAAGAAAACUGUUUGAAAUCUUUUCCAUCGCAGAAAUCGAUGAUUAGAGAGGUCAAUGAGGAAUACACUAAGCAAGCUGCACAUAGUUCCACCAGACUCAUACAGUCACAGGCUGAUAAGUUACAGAUACCCUCAAACCAAAUUAAGCCUAUCCCAUUGUAUCAUCCCAAGUUCCAAUCGCCUACCACCAUUUUGAACCAGCUCUAUCUGUUCCGUGACGAUGCCUACAAAAUGCACCUUAAAUACUCCAUAAUAUGUGCCAUCGGUAUCCCUAUUAGUUUGCCAUUUGCAUUAGUUCCAAUCUUACCAAAUGUUCCUGGCUUCUAUCUUGCCUAUAGACUUUACUGCAAUGUGAAGGCGUUGCUAGGAGUCAAGCACCUAGACUACUUAUUGGAAGAUUGUACCCAUGCAUCGUCUGCACCACCCAAUAAAUCUACUGAGAAGGAAGAUAUCGAAACAACUGUCAAUGAUACCAAACACAUUGCAUUUGAACAUGUUGAUCACUUAGAUGCUGUUUAUCUGUCAAACACGUUACUUGGCGACCACAACCUUCUCACCGAGGAGAAAGUCAUUAUUACCUCCGAUAUUAUCGAUAGUCUCUGCCAAAAGUUCAACUUGCCGCAUUUAAAGGACGAUCUCCAUAAGGCAUUGAGACAGGAGUCACAUCGCUUGAAGAAAGCCGAACACAAACAACUGUAA